UCUGUUUUUCAGGUGGCGAUGAAAGGUUGCGUAUGUUCACACAGACGGAGAAGCAGAGGUACGAUGGAUGGUACAACAAUCUUGCACACCCGGACUGGGGAUCCAUCGAUAGCCAGUUAACAAGAAAAGCACCGCCAUCUUACGCAGAUGGUGUUUACCAGAUGGCCGGUAUGGACAGGCCCAGUGCACGAGCGCUCAGUCAAGCUCUUAUGAAAGGUGCAGAUGGCCUUUCUUCUGUCAGAAACCUCACAGUGCUCUUCACGUUUUUCGGCCAAGUAGCUGCUUCAGAAAUCCUGAUGGCUAGUGAGUCUGGAUGUCCCAUUGAGGUACAUAAGAUAGAAGUACAGGAAUGUGAUGACGCGUAUGACAAAGAAUGCAAAGGUACCAAAAUGAUGCCCUUUCACAGGGCACUUUAUGACUCAAAGACUGGACAGUCACCCAACAGUCCUAGAGAACAGCUAAACCAGAUGACUAGUUGGAUCGAUGGCAGUUUCGUAUAUAGCACCAGUGAAGCCUGGGUAAAUAGCAUGAGAACAUUCGAGAAUGGGACCUUCAGAACAGCCCCUGGAGGCAAAUUCCCUCCAAAGAACCACGAUCGUGUGCCUCUCAUCAAUUAUCCUCCAGCUAAGUACCUGGGCAUGCUGAAUCCUGAAAGGAUGUAUCUUUUGGGCGAUCCCAGAAUCAACCAGAAUCCAGCUCUUCUAUCACUAGGGGUUCUUUUCUACAAGUGGCAUAAUGUGAUGGCUGAGCGUGUUCAAGCUCAGCAUCCGGAUUGGUCCGAUGAAGAUAUUUUCCAGAGAGCCAGACGAUGGGUCAUUGCCAGUCUUCAGAAUAUCAUUUUAUACGAAUAUUUGCCGAUUCUUUUAAUGGAAGAAAUAACGCCCUAUCAAGGUUACCAACCUGAUCUCCAUCCAGGUGUCUGCCACGUCUUUCAGUCUGCUGCAUUUCGUUUCGGACAUACUAUGAUUCCUCCUGGUCUUUAUAGAAGGAAUGCCCAAUGUGAAUUCCGCAAAACUGUUACUGGAUAUCCAGCAAUUCGCUUGUGCUCUUCUUGGUGGGAUUCAGAGGAGAUCGAGCCCGGCAUUGAAGAGCUUUUGAUGGGUAUGUCUUCCCAGAUUGCAGAGAGGGAAGAUAAUGUCCUUUGUUCGGAUGUGAGAGAUAAAUUAUUCGGUCCGAUGGAAUUCUCCCGUCGAGAUUUGGCUGCUCUGAAUAUCAUGCGAGGGCGAGAUAACGGAUUGCCCGAUUACAAUACAGUACGGAGGUAUUUCCAGCUACCAGAAAUACGGAACUGGUCUCAAAUUAAUCCCGAACUGUUCCAGAGGAAGCCAGAACUGUUCCAGCUAAUGAGCGAUCUGUACGGAAACUUGGAUAAUGUCGACCUUUACAUCGGAGGUAUGCUCGAAACAGACGUACAAGGUCGUCCGGGCGAACUUUUCAGGAAAAUCAUUCGGCAACAAUUCGAAAGGAUUCGAGACGCUGAUAGGUUUUGGUUUGAAAAUCCACAAAACGGUAUUUUUACAGAAGAAGAAAUUGAAGAAAUUAGGAAAAUCACACUGUGGGAUAUAUUGGUCAAUACAACGGACAUAGAUCCUGACGCUAUUCAGAAAUCAGUUUUCAUAUGGAAGGAAGGAGAUCCUUGUCCGCAGCCGCAGCAACUCGUCAGCAGAGAUCUGGAACCAUGUGUUAUGCUGAGUGGGUACGACUAUUUCCAUGGCAACGAAGUGACGUACAUCUACUCCUGCAUAGUGCUUGCAUUCAUACCCAUUGUCUGUGCGGGCUUGGGUUAUGGAGUUAUCAAACUGCAAAACAGCAGAAGAAGGAAAAUUAAACUGAGGCAAGAAAUGAUCAUAGGAAAGCACUGUGAGAAACUUGAUGUAAAAGAGUGGCUUCACAACAAUCACAAGCGCUGUGUUAAAGUAAAGAUAGGACCAGAUGAUUCUAUCUGCACCCUAAAUCGAAAAGGGGAAGUGCUUCGGAAAGUGGACUUUCAAUCUUCGACUAAUGUCGUCGUCGAAGUUACCGAAGAUCUCAACAAAAAGCCCAUGGUUCUAGUACGAUCACCUAGGGAUCAUGACCUGGUACUUCAAUUUAGCAAUGAGCCAUCUCGCAAGAAGUUCUUGAGCAAGCUGGAGUCGUUCCUCACCAGCAGUAAGAAAAGUUUGGAUAUUCUUCCCACAUACCGAGAUGUCAUGCUGGCGAAUGCAGAGACCAAAGAAAAAAGGCAGAAGAGACUAGAACAUUUCUUCCGAGAAGCAUAUGCUUUGACUUUCGGUCUUCGACCAGGUGAGAAGAGGCACUUGGAAGACGUAAGCAGCGACGUCAUCAUGGUCAUGAGAACUUCCCUAUCAAAGAAAGAGUUUGCUGAAGCCUUGGGUAUGAGGCCAGAAUCUUUAUUCGUGAAGCAAAUGUUCAAUUGCGUGGACAAAGAUAAGGAUGGAAGAAUUAGUUUUCAAGAAUUUCUGGAUACGGUUGUGCUCUUUUCAAGAGGUAAGACGGAAGACAAACUCCGCAUCGUGUUUGACAUGUGCGAUGAUGAUGGCAAUGGCGUCAUCGAUAAGCAAGAAUUGACGAAGAUGCUCCGCUCUUUGGUCGACAUUGCGAAGACCAAUUCCAUGGAUGAAGCUCAAGUCAUGGAACUCAUUCAUGGAAUGUUUGCCGCUUCGGGACUUCACGACAAGGAAGAGCUUAACUACGAUGACUUCAAACUGAUGAUGAAAGAAUACAAAGGCGAUUUUAUAGCAAUUGGACUGGACUGCAAAGGGGCUAAGCAAAACUUUCUAGAUACGUCAACUAAUGUUGCGAGAAUGACAAGUUUUCAGAUUAGUCGACCUCCCGAAGAUCCUCCUGGGUACUGGAAGAAAAAAUGGAACCACUUGGCUACUUUCUUAGAAGAAUACAGACAACAUAUCUUUUAUUUAUUCGUAUUCUACGUCAUUACUUGCGUCUUAUUUUUAGAACGAUUUGUCUUUUACUCCUAUUUUGCGGAGCACACUGAUCUGCGUCAUGUGAUGGGACUUGGGAUUGCUGUAACGAGAGGAUCAGCGGCUGCACUCUCCUUCUGCUACUCCUUGCUUCUACUAACUAUGUGCAGGAACCUCAUCACGAAGCUGCGAGAGCUGCCUAUUCAUCAGUAUAUUCCCUUGGACUCCCAUGUCCAGUUCCACAAGGUAGUGGCCCUGACAGCUCUUUUCUUUUCAAUGAUUCACACAAUAGGGCAUUGUAUCAACUUCUAUCACGUGUCUACUCAACCGAUUGACAAUCUACGUUGUCUAACCAAAGAAGUGCAUUUUGAUUCUGAUUUCAAACCAACGAUCUCAUAUUGGCUUUUCCAAACUGUCACUGGAGUAUCUGGAAUCUUACUAUAUGCAAUCAUGUGUAUCAUCUUCAUAUUUGCACAUCCCAGAAUCCGCCAAAAAGCAUACAAAUACUUUUGGUCAACUCAUAGUCUGUACAUUCUGCUAUAUAUUUUGUGCCUUGUUCAUGGUCUGGCAAAAAUUACUGGGACGCCUCGAUUUUGGAUCUUUUUUGUCGGACCAGCUAUCAUCUUUGCAUUGGAUAAAGUUGUUAGUCUUCAAACUAAAUUUGUUGAACUAGAUAUUCUUGACACUGAACUUUUACCUUCAGAUGUCACGAAAGUAAAGUUCUCUCGUCCACCAAAUUUCAAGUACCUAUCCGGCCAAUGGGUACGACUGGGAUUCACCGCUUUCCAACCUAACGAGUACCACUCCCUGACGCUAACUUCUGCCCCGCAUGAAAACUACUUAUCCGUACACGUGAAGGCACAAGGACCGUGGACAUGGAAACUGAGAAAUUUCUUCGAUCCUAACAACAUGCAGAUCAAUGAAGUGCCAAAGAUACCUCAUAAAGUACGGUUAGAAGGCCCUUAUGGAGGGGGUAACCAAGACUGGUACAAGUUUGAGGUAGCUGUGAUGGUAGGAGGAGGAAUUGGCGUCACACCUUAUGCCUCCAUUCUCAACGAUCUCGUUUUCGGCACCUCCACUAACAGAUAUUCGGGGGUGGCUUGUAAAAAAGUCUACUUUUUGUGGAUCUGUCCAUCUCACCGGCACUUCGAGUGGUUCAUCGACGUACUUAGGGACGUCGAGAGAAAAGACGUUACUAACGUCCUAGAAGUUCACAUUUUCAUCACGCAGUUCUUCCAUAAGUUUGACCUGAGGACGACCAUGCUCUAUAUAUGUGAGAAUCACUUCCAGAGGAUCUCCAACAGGAGCAUGUUCACUGGCCUCAAAGCCGUCAAUCACUUUGGAAGACCUGAUAUGACGUCUUUUCUAAAAUUUGUACAGCACCAACACUCUUACGUGAGCAAAGUUGGAGUUUUUAGCUGUGGUCCAUCAGCUCUCACGAAGAGCAUCAGCGUCUCAUGCGAAACAGUCAACAACCACAGGAAGCUGCCGUAUUUCAUCCACCACUAUGAGAACUUUUAAUAAAAACUGGCCUUUUCUGCAGGCUAGUUACUUGUGCCUUAGAACAUGAUAGUGCCACGAAGGUCCUAGAAAGCAAUUUCAGUUCCAGAAAAAAAAGAAUUUACAGUCGGAUGCCUUCCUCCGGCGCAUUUCGAGUUGAACUCUGGUCGGAAAAUUGUUGCUUUCGCUGUGAUAUUCAGUUCAGUAUAGCUGAUGAACUUAUAUGAACUUGAUAUCUUCAACAAACUUUUACUACCGAUGAGAAAUUUUAAUAAGGGUUAGAUGUGCAUAUUUAUUGUGCAUAUUCGCAUUUUGUACUUUAUGUUAGUAUUGUAACUUUAUUAUUAUUUAUUCAUUUGCUUAACUUCUGGUUCUGAACUACUAGUGAUGAAAAAUAUCCGUGACACUUGUGACAAAAAGGAAAACUUGCGUACACUAUUUCUGUUAUUUAUGAUCGCCAAAUAUUUGGAAUUAAGAGAAGGAAAAAAAGGAGGACCAUUAUUACAUCCCUCCAGGUUUCGAAAGCAAAGUUAAGAAAGCCUCUGUGCAAAGACGUUUCACGAAAUAAUCGAAAUUGCAUUAAGCUUUAAAGCCUUUAUUGCACGAUGAAGCAUUAUGGAAUAACCAAUUCUCUUUCGUGCAGCCUAUAAUCUUGAAAUUAAAAAUAAAGAACCAUACUUGCAGUAAUUCGGAAAAUGUAAACCGUAAAGUCUUCCAUCAGUCAGUUAUAAUAACUGAAAAUUAUCCCGUUAAGUAAGGUUCACUUUUAGGAACUAUGCAAUAUUUGUGUUCCUCAACCUAAUAACACAUGAGCACUUGUAUGUCGUUCGUUGUUCGAGUACUUCAGUGUGCGAUAUAGGCUUUAAGAGUUUUGCUUCAACACUGAAGCAAGAAUAGAACAUUAUAAUGAUGAGUCAAGCUAUAUAAGCAAAUUUUAAAGAGCUCUAUAUAUAAUAUGUGCUAUAAAUUGUUUCUGUUGGAAAAUACUAUCGACUAUUUUAUUGGUAUCACCCAGCAGUUUCAAACUAGAGAGGAAUCAAUUAAUACUCCUAAGAAGAACGUUUUAGAAUACGUUCCUUAUCACAAAGAAUGCGCAAUAGAGAAAAAUGUUUUUCUGAAUGUUCAAUAGCAUUGUUUAGUAUGUACUAUCGUUUCCAUAAAAAAGAAUUUUAUUAAAAAGUUAUUUGCUUAUUAUAAUGUUACUGUUAACUUCUUCGGGAUGAGCACCUUUGUCUGCCUCUUUUCAGAUAUACUUUAGUCAGACACAAUUUGACUUAAUUAUAGAAAGAAAUUUUACUUUUGCUCAAAAUUUAAAAGCUUAACGUGUGUUUAAAGGGCCUUAUAUUCAUGAAUACUGUUAAAAAUUAAUUAGAAAGUUAUUUCCAAAGUGGAGGAUAUAGUUUUCAAAACAUACGAAACAAAACAAAAUUUUUGUGCAUUUUCAAGAGUUGACCAAAAUUUCAUAGUUCAUAUUAUAAAUCGUUUUCUAGUCAGUGUAUAGCUUUGGAAAGUUACUUAAUAUUCUUUGAAUAUGCUUUUUCUCCCCUCGGAACAGCUUCAACACUCUUAAAGAAAAAAUUGCCAUCUUUCCUAGGCUAAUAAAAUAUCUGCAUUUAUAAGUAUACCAUCAGUUAGUUCCCCUUAUUUUCUUGGUUUUGCAACUUUGUGUAGGUGAUAUCUGGUAUAUGAUCUCAGGUUUCCGAUUCGUCUCAUAAAUAUAAAAAUUGGAACGAUAUGUACUUUCUGCAUGCCGAAACAAUGGACUUAUUUACAAGAGAGAAAAAUGACAAGAACUGAAAAGAAUAGACAAAAUUUUGCCAUUACAAAAAACAAAAAUUUAAAAAAAAAAAUGGCAACGAAUUGAAGCGUCAAUUUUUCUAUGCAAAAUAACAAAAUUAACUUUUAAUAUUACUUUUUUUAAAUUUAUAUUACGAAAUACUGACAUAUAUUACUAAUGUAUGUUAUUACUAAUGGAAAGAUAACUUACAAAGUUAAAUGGCAGGCGUCUGAAACAGUUCUGAUAAAUAGUAUUUUUUCCCUUUACCUCCGCCUUCAAAAAAAAGUAAAUAAAUAAAUAAAUUAUUCUGGAAGAGUUGAGAUUUUAACGAUCUCCUAAAAGGGCUCUUUUAAAGUUUAAUGCAGUCUAUCCAUAGAGAUUGCCAAUAGAUAUGGCUCAAGUUAAAUCCUCCUUUUCUUGUAUUUAUAGGAUAUUAGAAGAAUAUGCUUUAGACUAACAUAAGAACGUCAUAUAUUUUCUGUCCAUUUGAAACGUGAAAAAAAAACGUAAUGUAAUUCCAUGAAAAUAUUCGAUGUUUUAAAAAUAACACAUCGUGAAUAUAAAUCAAUCAGAUUAGAAAUUUAAAACUAAUAAUUUAAAGAACUUAAUGCAUAACUUUUAAAUGGUUUAAUUUGUAAUUUAAUAUCAGUCAGAUUACAUAUGAAAGAAUAAUAUCUUACCUUUUUCCAAAUGGCAGCAGGCUCAAAUGAAAAGUGAAAAAACGUAAAAUCAUGUUUUAAUCUUUAGCCCUUUUGAGCAAACGAACAAACUACUUCUAACUGGCUUGUUUUUAAGUUUUUAAAUUUGUUUCUUUAUGUCUUCAACAAACCGGGGGAAAAUACGAUUUUACUUUUUAUAGCUUUCCAGAAAUAUUUCUUAAGAUCUUCCAUCUAUCCAUAAUGGUUUUUAAAUUUUAGUUUUUUUCAUUCCUUAUAAGAAGAAUAUGAAAGCUUUUCCCUCGGAAAUAUAUAACACUCCUUUAAUUUUAUCAUAAUUGAAACACGAGUAACACACAAAGAAAAUUAUGUUUUUUACUCCUAGCCAUAAAAGAGAAAAAUGAGAGCUUUCGAAACGAGUCCGAACUAUUACACACUUCCUCAAAAUGAAGUCUGCCCCAUUCACCUUUUUCUUUUAAACGAUGUUUGUAAAUACCGCGCAGAAUGUAUGAGAGUUGAUCUUAUAUUAUCAUUCUAGUAAUGAAAAGGAAACAAAUGUGCAGGUUUUUUUUUCCUAGAUGCAUUCUUUGUGAAAAGCUGCUAAAAAAGUAAUUCGAAUGUUAACACAUUUUAUUGUAUAUUUAUAUGAACAAAUAGUUAAAUGAAUGACAGCCAGUGUAUAAAUAAAUGAAAUUUUACAGCCAAA